UCUGAGGUGUAGGCGGCUGCUGAAAUAUGACUGCAUGUAUCCUGAUUAUAAAGAGCCGCCGGAUCCCAGCUGCCUGCACACAGAACCCACAGACCCGCUGCUGCCAUGGCUCACACAGUGAAGGUGCUGCCAGCUGCGGCCCCCUGCGGGGACCAGGAGACGGGCCUGGACCGGGACCAGCCCGUGUGCAUCCUCAUCAGACACUGCCGGGACAUGAAGCGGCAGGAGACGCGCCUCCGGCUCCUCACCAUGCUGCUGCUCCUCGGCUGCUCGGCUCUCUACAUCUUCACCCUCUGUGCUGAGCUCAGGAACAGAGAACACCAGAGCUCAGGUGAUCAUAGGGCGGCCGGGCCCCAUCAGGAGAGACUGCAGACUGCAGUCUCAUCUACAGAAAAGAAAAGAUUCAACAUUCACCUCAGGCAGAAUCAUUCUGUCCCAAAGGACACCGGGACUGACGAGCGGUACAUCAUGUGGAAACAGAUCAUUCCAGAAGAUAAUCAAUGCGACCAAACGAGAAAAGACAUCGUCAUUCCUAAGGACGGCGUCUAUUUCAUCUACAUCAGGACUUCCUUGUUUUGUCGCAAUGCUACCGGAGCUGCAUCGUCCAACAUGUUCUAUAUGCAGCUGCGCUUCUGGAACGAAAACUACAACGAGAGCCGGGUCCUCACCGAUGCCAGGGAAGUGGUCUCGUGUCCUCCAGUGGCCUUCAGGACCGUGAGCGUGCAGCAGCUCUUUGACCUGUCGGAGGGCGACCACGUGAGCGUCCGGAUCGGAGCUGGAUAUCAACUGAUCAACAAGGCCGAUUUUGGGGCUUUUCUUGUGGAGGGUUAGGGUUUCUGCUCAUUGAUUCAGGUUUUAUAAUGUAUUUUUUUUAAUGUUUUAUAUAUUAGAAAGAUUUUUUGGUUAUUUAUCACCACUCAUUAAUAAGCUUUUUAUGUUUUACAGUAACUUAAGGUUUUAAAAUGACUGGUUGGGAAGAUUUCAACAGAAUAAUAAACAGAUAUUAACUAAACAUUAAAUUAACUUACUGAGUCUUUUUAACAGCAGUUUUAUAUUAACUCUGAUCUUUACGAUCAUUCCUUCUUGUGAAUGUGGAAAAAUGUGAAAUGAUCUUAUAGCUGAACAGCUCAUGAAUCUGAUACUGAGUAUCAGCACUGGGGUCAUUCAGUUUAAUGACAUACCUUUUAAAUUGUUGAACAAGAUUUUUGUAUUAUGUUUUUGUAUUUUUUUACUACUUUGUGUUAUUGUAUUUUUGGACAAUGUAUUUUUCUGCAUGAACAAACUUGAAAUGAUACAAGCUACUACAACUGGAUCCUUUAAAUUCACAUUAGAGACUUGAUUUGAUUUGAGCACAACCGGAAGUUUAAUACGUUGAACAUGUCAAACUUACAAUAUACAAAGAAAGCAUCUUCAAGAAACUGUGAAAAUUUGGACUUCCCACAAUAUGAUCACAUCUAUUAUGUGUAUUUCAGGUAAGGUGAAGCGUAAAGUGAGAACUAAGGAGUAUAAAGAUCACUUAUGCUUCAUCACGUCGCAUCAGACAGAAAAAGUGCUUUUUGUUCAAAUAACUUGUUUUUCAUUCAAUUAAAUAAUUCAA